AUGGAUCUUUUCCUGAGAGCGAGCACGGUCCGGCUCAUCAGCUACCGCGACAAGAACCUGGUGGCGGAGGACAACCACGCGACGAUCAGCCAAGGCAGCGAUGGAUCCGCGAAAAACGCGAUAUGGAGCGUCGAGAUCAUCGAUGGAAAAGAUUGCAUCCGACUCAAGAGCUGCUUCGGCACGUACCUGACGGCGACAAGCAUGGCGUUCAUGCCGGGGGGUUUGUCGGGGAAGAAGGUGAUCCAGCGGUGGCCGUCUCAGAGCAACUCUGCGUCGGAAUGGGAGCCGGUGCGGGACGGGAUGCAGGUGCGGCUGAGGUCUCUGUGGGGCUGCUUCCUCCGCCCCCACUCCGGCCUCCCGCCGUGGAGAAACUCCAUCACGCACGACGUCCCGUGCACCGCGAAGAUGCGUGAGAAGGUCCUGUGGAACGUCGAGGUCGUCGAAAAGUGCCCCGACCGUGGUAUUUGGCGGGGCGGUUAUCCAGCGACGGCGGCGGCCGGCGGCGGUCAGCAGAACGGCAGGGAAUGUAGCUUGAAGGAAGUGAUGCUGAAGGAAAGGAUGCAAAGCGUCUCUGAUGUACGGUGGCUGUGGUACAGAAAGAUGUUCUCGCCAUUCUCCGGAUGA